AUGGACAAACAUCAGAAUUCCUAAUUAUUGAAAUAAGACAAUAGUAUGAAGGAGCCAUUCCUUGACAAAUUAACUUAAGAAUCACUCGUUAUCAACAAGACAGAGGAGCCUGCACAUGGCCAUGGUCAUGCUGCUCCACCAGCAGUGAGAACAGGUCUUGCUAAGCUUUUCGGAGAUAACUACAUUACCUUUUCAAUACUUACAGCACUUUUCUUUGGAACCUAUAACUUUUUGAUAGAUACAGCAAUGCAAGGAUAAAUGCCAACACUAAGAAUAAUGUAUCUGACUGGUGUCUUCCCAAUUAUAUAUUACCUAGCCUACCAUAUUACCUAGGCAGUCCAACUAAACAAGAAAAAGGGAAAGUUUUGGACCCGUUCAGACUCGGCUUACAUUAAAGAAAACGGAUCAAUUGACUGGUAUUUGAUAAGAUUGGUUUUUGGCAGAUUCCUUUGCACUCUAACUCUAGUUGGCUAGGUCUACUAUACCUUCUCAAGUUCAAUUAAGUCAGGUAUUAGUAGCGCUAUCAUCACAUCCUUAUAUGCAGGAAACGUCUUGACAACAUCACUCGCUUUCUACCUGAUCUUUGGUGAGAAACUCACCUAGAAGCAUUUAGUUGGAAUGAUUUUCAUUGUUAUCAGUAUCAUCAUGAUUUCUUAUGGAAAGGAUUCGUAGAUAGAUUCAUCAUUGACUAAUAAGUAUACUCUGAGCGUCUGGGUUCCAAUAGGAAUGGCAUUUUUAGGAUGCUUUCUAUUUACAACUUAAUCAUUGAUCUCUAGAGCAGUCAGAGCCACUAAAAUUAGUUCACUUUAAUACACAGCAGAUAGUAUAGUCCUAUCUAGUUUAAUAACAACAAGUCUAGCCCUCUUUGAACAUUUAGCAGUACAGCCUUAUACAUUGCAGGAAGCUUUAUACGUUUUAAGUGCAUCUGCAGUUUGGAUUUUAGGAGUGUUAUGUCUGAAUGGCGCUAUCACCUAUGGAAAAGCUGGACCAGUUCAAGCCUUGGCACAAUUACAAUCUCCCUCUCAACUCAUUAUGGAAAUAUCUAUUUUUACAAGGAUCCCUACAUUAUACGGGGUAUCUGGAAUGCUUCUUUCGAUAAUAGGUGCUCUAAUCAUCAUACUAAGCAAAAAGUGA